ACUACGAAAUUCCUACUACUGUAAUAUUAUUAGUCUUAUUAUUUCUUAAUCUUAGUUUUUCCUAGUAGGCUAUAAAUAAGUGAGUCAAACUGUCAAACCAAACCAUUUUGUGUACGGUAAGUUAUAGGAUGAUUGGGGAAUUUAUCGGUAAUUGAAAGCAACCCAGAAUAAUUAAGCGAACUAACUAUCUAAAUUACAUGUGAUGUCACUCAGAAUAACUGAUAACACGGAAGAAGUUAUAUAAACGAUGCAAUUUAAAUUGUUUGUCAGUAGGAUCUGUUCACACUCAGAGAAACUUGUACAUCUCACCCAAAUAAGAAAUAUGAGCAAUACAAUGAAGGCAGUAGUUAUCCAAAGCACCGGGGACGUUUCCGUCUUGAAGGUUGAGAGCGUACCUGUUCCAGAGUUGACUUCAAACCAGGUUUUGGUCAAAAUUCACGCAGCUGGGUUGAAUCCUGUUGAUACAUACAUUCGGGGGAAGAAGUUCGGGUAUGACCCCAAAUUACCAGCCAUCCUGGGGGGAGAGGCUGCUGGGGAAAUUGUGAAAGUUGGAAACCAAACUGGCAGUAAGUAUAAGGUGGGUGACCGGGUGAUUUGCUGUCUGCGAGCCCCUAACUAUGGAGGGUACGCAGAGUUUGCUGCUUGCGGAGUCGGGGAUUUGAUACCUCUCCCAGACAAGUUAACGUACUCUCAAGGAGCAGCUGUUUAUGUGCCUUAUUUUACUGCCUACAAAGCCCUGAUAGCAAGGUGCAAGCUGCAACCCCAGGAGUUAGUCAUGGUGCAUGGAGCAAGUGGUGCUGUCGGAGUAGCUGCUACACAGAUCGCAAAGGCUCAUGGCGCAACAGUAGCUGGGUCAGCAGGUAGUGAAGAAGGGAUGAAACUGUUGAAAGAUCUGGGUGCCGACGUAGUAGUUAGUCACAGGGAAGAUGGACACUUACAGAAAGUCCUGGCCACGACUGGGCGUCAAGGAUUUGACGUCAUUUUGGAGAACAGAGCAGACAUAAACUUGGGCAUUGAUCUGGCUGCUUUGGGAGUCGGUGGUAGAAUUGCAGUAGUUGGUUCUCGGGGACCAGUAGAAGUGGAUCCUCGUAAUUUUAUUAGAGCUGAAGGUUCAGUGUUAGGGGUCAACUUUUGGAAAAUUACAGAGGAAGAGUUCAUUCAAUACUCAUCAGCUUUAGUGGCUGGUAUGGAGAAAGGAUGGCUAAGCCCAGUUGUCGGCAAAGAAUAUGCAAUGGAGGAAAUACAACAAGCACACACUGACUUGAUAAAAUCGCAUGGAGCAUAUGGGAAACUAGUACUUAAAAUACGCUAACUUUCUUGAAUGUAAGACUGAAAUUUUCUAAGGGAAUUUGUGUUAGGAAAGCUAAUAUGGUAUUGAAUGAGAUUUUAUCUACAAAGGAGUUUAGCUUACAGAUGAUUGAUUUCCAUAAGAGAGUUUAUAAUUCAUGCAAUAAUUACGAUAGGGACGAGAGAAAACAAUGAUAGUAGACUGACAAUAGUUAUUUGUG